AUGGAUAUAGGCCACAGUGAUGGGCAAUUGGGAUUUGUUUGUUGUAAGUACGCUCAAGAACCCUUGAUUUUAGCUGUUAAUUAUCCAGCACUUGGUGAGGACCUGGUUGAUGAUGGUUACCAAGACGUUGUCAACAUUGAUAUAUCAUCUGUGCUGAUAGAAACUAUGCAGGCGAAAUAUUCUCAUAAAUCAGUACUCAAGUAUAUCAAAAUGGAUGUACGAGAUAUGAGUCCUUUCGAGUCUGGUUCAUUUGAUGCUGUUAUUGAUAAAGGAACUCUUGAUACUUUCAUGUGUGGAGAGGAUGAUAUUACUCAUGCAACUCAGCUGUUGAAGGAGGUUGAAAGGGUCCUCAAGGAUAAAGGAGCAUAUAUUCUGAUCACUUUUGAUAGUCCAAACAAUCGAUUGGAUUUGUUAAGGAGCGUUGAACUAUGGAAUAUAAAACUGCAUUUGCUAGAGAGAGCGGCGAAGAGUUCAAGGCGGAAAAGGUGGGAACUGUCGGCUCCACGGCCAUUAGACAGGGAUGGUAGCUGGGCCACUGAAGCUCUAGGUUCUCACUUGGAUGUCUUUUACACAUAUGUCUGCAUCAAGGAUGAAUCCCUAAGUGCAAACCAAGCUACAGAUUCUGAGAUACCAAGCUCACAAAAUGAUCCCUGA